GACGUGCCACGACAAAGAACGCUAUGUCGUUCAUUAUGCAUUGCUCGCUCUGUACGUGAGGUUGGGCAUGAAAAUAAAACGUGUUCACAACAUCCUCUCGUUCCACCAAGACAACUUUUUGCGAACCUUCGUGCAGAGAAACGUCGCGUUGAGGAAUGCCGCGACCACGAAAUUCGAGCGACUUCUGUACAAAACCAUGUCGAACAGCACGUUCGGUAAGUCGAUACAAAAUGUGAGACGCAUGAAAAGGUACGCUAUAGCCUACGACAAAGAAAGCGCGCUCCGAAAAGCUAGCUCCGUCGACAGUCAGCAUUUUCACAUUCUGAGUGAUAAGUGCAUCUUAUACGAGAUGAAGCAACGCCGCAUCAAAUGCACGCACCCCCUUUACGUGGGCUUUGCCAUUCUUGAAAUAUCCAAAGUCCGAAUGUACAGCUUCAUCUACGAAUCGCUCUUUUCUCGCUUGACAUGUCCAGUGCAAUUGAUCUAUAGCGACACGGACAGCAUAAUUUUUUCUCUCACGUGUGAAAGCCUGGAAGAGCAGCUGAUGAAGAUUGAGAGUGAGUUAGAUCUGUCUUCCUAUCCGCCGGACCACCCACUUUUCAACGACGAGCACGCGAAUCAGAUGGGGUACUUCAAAGACGAGACGGGAGGUGGAGUUAUUCAGGAAGUCGUAGCCAUCCGAGCGAAAAUGUACAGCAUCCUCUUGGCUGGGACACACAAACAGAUCGCGAGAGCGAAAGGAGUUAAGAAAGACGUGGUGAGGAAACAUUUAUUGCACGAAGUGUACCGAGAUUCUCUGUUCAAUGAAAAGGCGGUCUCUCAGAAGCAGUGCACCAUCCAGAGUAUAAAGCAAACGAUGUACACCAUUUCGAGACUCAAGAAGAGCUUGGUCCCCUACGACGACAAGCGCUAUCUCGUGGAUGCCGUACACUCCUUCCCUUAUGGAAGCUGCGAAUACGCAACGGAAAACCCGGAAGAGAGCCCGAGAGCGUCGACGUCGUCAGGCAUCGAGUAACCGCGGAACAAAGAGCUGCACGCGCAUGUAAUCGAGAAUAAAAGUUCUAGUCGAGA